GAGAAAGGGAGGAGACUCCUCAAAUCCAUGCCCAUUUUUUCGUCCCAGUCACUCUACUCUACAUCCUUCAACAAAAGCCCCCAAUAUUGAUUGUGACCGUUACAAUAUAAUCCUAGAAAAUUUAAAUUUAAAAAUCCACCACCCUAAAGCCAAUUUCCCCACUGGUCGCCGCGUCCACCUUUGUAAUUAGGAUAAACUUAUAUAUACAUUUACAUAUCAUUUCUAAUCAUUUCAAGAUUAUUCCGGCAACCGAUCGCCGGCGAAUAAUUCGACCGGUUUGGCCGGAGCCGAUCGCGAUGUGCGGACCGUCGUUUCCGAUGAGCCGGAAAAAUAAGGCGGUGGUGGUGGUGAUGGGGGCGACGGGGACGGGGAAGUCGCGGCUGGCGGUGGACCUGGCGCUGCGGUUCGGCGGCGAGGUCGUGAACUCCGACAAGAUGCAGGUGUACGAUGGCCUCGACGUUGUCACCAACAAGGUCACUGAUGCCGAGCGGCGCGGCGUGCCGCACCACCUCAUCGGCGGUGUGCCGCCCGAUGCCGACUAUGCGGCCGCUGAGUUCUGCCGUGACGCGGCCGCCGUGGCCGAAGCGAUCGCGCGGUGUGGGCGGCUCCCGAUCGUCGCGGGUGGCUCGAAUUCCUACAUCGAGAAGCUGAUCGACGGCGGCGGCACCGACGCGGCGUCGCCGGGGCUGGCCUCCAGGUUCGACUGCUGCUUCCUUUGGGUCGACGUCGCGCCGCCGCUGCUGCACGAGUUCGUCGCGGAGCGCGUCGACCAGAUGGUCGAGCGGGGGAUGAUAGCUGAGGUGCGAGCGCUAUUUGAUACCAAUCCAAAGGCGGAUUACACAAAGGGGGUGCGGAGGGCGAUAGGGGUGCCGGAAAUGGACGGGUACCUGCGGUCGGAGCGAUCGACGUCGGACGAGAAAGAGCGCUCGAGGCUGCUGGCAGCGGCGAUCGACGAGAUCAAGGCGAACACGUGCAAGCUGACGUGCUGCCAGCUGGAGAAGAUCCGCCGGCUGUGCUCGCGGUGGGACGUGCGCAGAGUCGACGCGACGGAGGCGUUCCGGAGGCGGGGCCGGGACGCCGACGCCGCCUGGGAGGCCGCGGUGGUGGAUCCGAGCGCGCGAAUUGUUAAAAGGUUUCUCUAUGGAGGAGGAGAAAGCGGUGACGACGUCGGCGACGACGAGUUUGAUGUCAACGUCGCGAAUGUCGCGAAUGCGGGGAAUAGGACUAUUGUUUUUACGGCGGCAACUGUGGCGGCGGCGGCGGCGGAGAAGGGAUUUGGCGGCGGCGGCGGCGGCGGCGCGAAGAUAACGACUUCGACUCUCGCAGCGGUGGGGGCCACAGUGUGAGAGGUUUUGUGGUGUGGGGACCACGGCACGUGUCAGAGCGAGUAGUUAGCACGAGAUAUUAUCGCCUGCACCGGGUGUAUAGUACAUCUCAUACACCGUACCCUUUUAGAUUCUGUUUGGAUGUUGCUAUAACUUAUUCCGUAUGAAAAUUUUCUUAUAUAAUUGAGAGUAAAGAUUUUGAUUUUGACUCUUUAAGAUUUUGUUUGUACGUCAGAACUUAUUCGGUAUGAAAAUUUUC